AUGCUCCUGUAUGCCUGGAAACAGGCAUCGCCGCGCAUUACGCGCUUCGCUGCAGGCCAUCAUGGUAGUCUGACGAGGCGCAUUGCGUGGGCAAGGAGUCUUCAUAUGACACAUGAGCAAACGAUCGGCCCAGACCCAGACCCAGAGUCCUUCUCCCAUACGCACUUCCCGAAAACUGGGCAGGGCAACAAGGGUCCACCCAAUCAUACUGAUCGAAACGAUGCCAUGUCUUCUGCGUCACAUUCAUCUAAAGAACAUGCUGUGAUUUCGAUGUUUGACUUAUUCUCGAUCGGCAUUGGGCCUUCGUCGUCUCAUACGGUAGGGCCCAUGCGGGCAGGAGCAAUAUUUGUUCAUGACUUGCGCAAGUCAGCCUUGAUAGAAUCAGUUGCUCGCAUUAAGCUUGCAUUGUAUGGAAGCUUAGCCGCGACAGGAAAGGGCCACAUGACGCCGCAGGCAUUGCUGCUAGGCUUGGAGGGCGCCGAGUGCGAAACUGUUGAUACAGAAACUGUACCUAUACGUUUCGAGGCCAUCAAGAAAAAUAAGUGUCUCGCACUCGGCAAGGAUAUGCCUGAAAAAGGCCCCGUCAAAGUUAUCGAGUUUGACUACGACAGGGACCUCGAAUGGAAAUGGGGACAGACUCUCCCUAUGCAUUCCAACGGCAUGCGCUUUAGCGUAUUUAAUCAUGAUGGAGAUCUUCUAGCUACGAAUGACUUUUACAGCAUUGGUGGUGGCUUUGUGGUGAAUGGUCUCAUGGCUGUAGCAGACAAACCAGGACCGCGCCCGGCCGCUUCCAACAAUGCAAGGUCAGAGAACGAUCCUGACGCUGUGACAAAUGCGUUGGCUAGUCUGAAUGAAGCAGCGAUCACGCCAUCGCAAAAAGAGAGCCAUCCAGUGGAUGUGAUGGAAAAUGUGUACUACAAGUCGAUCACUCGCGACGAUGUAGAAGGUGGACGUCGUGAGGGAACUGAGUCCAACAUGGCGUUGUCGCAACCAGCACUUCCUUCACCGUCCAAAUUGGAUUCAUCUGAGCAAAAGGCACCCAAGGAGCCACGUUUUCCUUUUCGUACCAUGUCACAGCUCCUCGCACUCACUAGGAAGCACAAUCUUACGAUUGCACAGAUCGUGUAUGAAAAUGAGCUAACUUGGUACACGCCAGAGGAGAUUGAGGAAAAAAUUAUCAACAUAUGGAAUGUAAUGGAUGAGGGGAUCCGCGCAGGUGUGUUGAGUGAGCAAGAAGUGUUGCCGGGCUCUCUGCAGAUGAAGCGGCGAGCACCGAAACUGUACAACCGGCUGAUUCGGGGACUGUACAUGGGUCCACGGCGUCUCGGACAUAUGCGUGGAUCCUCCGAUACCAUCAAUGUGCCGCUGGAUUCACAUGAGUCUCCGUCUUCGGCCGCCGCCAUUGCUUCGUCGUCUAACGCGUCAGGGGGGUAUGUGCCUUCUAUCAAGACGCGGUCGUCAUCACGAGUCCCGACAAUUCGCGGCUCCUUCCAGCACGAAAUCAUGCCAGUGCCACCACGCCGAACAAAUUUUCCAGCGAUGGAUUGGCUGUCUUGUUGGGCUAUUGCGACCAAUGAGCAAGUAGCUGCUGGCGGCCGCAUUGUUAUUGCACCAACAUUGGGAGCAGCAGGCAUAAUUCCGUCCGUGCUCCGAUAUGUGGUAGAAUUCGUGGCUCUCACGCCAGAAGAUGAAGAAAACCUGGUGAAAACAUUCUUGCUCACAGCUGCCGCGAUCGGUAUGCUAUUUAAGCGAGGUGCCACGAUCAGUGCAGCGGAAGGUGGUUGCAUGGCCGAAGUCGGCACAAGUUGCUCUAUGGCUGCUGCCGCGUUUGCUGCGUGUAUGGGCGGUAGCCCAGAAGUAAUUGAGCAAGCAGCCGAGACGGCGAUCGAGCACAACUUGGGCCUGACGUGUGACCCUGUGGAUGGAUUGGUUCAGGCGCCUUGCAUUGAGCGGAACGCCGUCGGUGCCGUCAAAGCCGUCGUCAGUGCCAAUCUAGCACUAUCCACAGAGGGUAUCCACACUGUUACACUCGAUGAGGCGAUUCAAGCAGCGCGCCUAACGGCCGCUGACAUGCACACGAAGUACAAAGAAACGAGUCUAAGUGGCCUUGCGACCACAGUCAAAAUUCCUGUCGCUGUACCAGACUGUUAA